AUGUCUACGGAAACUAAGAAUACCGAAGAUGAGCCAAAAGUAACACAGGAAGCUGAUACACCGGUCCAGGAUUAUCAGGCUGCUUGGACAGAUGUGCUCUGGGUGCCUGUAACCUUUGCAAUCUUUGUGGGGUACAUGGUGAUCUGCUCAGUUGACCUGAACGACUAUGUCAAAACAGGUUGUUUCAAACACGACAAGCUUGAAAAUGUGGUGCGGUUGUUUGAUAUGAAUUGCUUUUUUGUUUUAAUCGCUGGAGCUGUUGCUGCUGUUAUUUUUUCUUUGAUAUACUAUCUGCUCGCAUGCUUUGUGACACCACAGUUCGUUCUUGUAACAAUGGUGCUACAACUGGGGUUCUCUUUAUCAAAAGCAGUAUACGCAAUUAUCAUGGGACAAUGGCUAUCGCUUGGAUCCAGUUUAGUAUGGAUAGUAUUCAGCACUAUAGUGUACUGGUGUGUUCGAAGACACAUUAGCAGGGCAACGGAAAUGCUGAGGAUAGUGAUGACAGUGGCCAAAAGCAACCCAUCCAUUGUCAUUGUGUCUGCUCUUGGAGCAGUACUAUCUACAGCUUAUGCGCUGCUGACCGGUAUGGCACUCAUGGCCUCGUACGCCAAGGCCGAUUCCCCGGACUGCUCGAUUCAAGAACGACAGCGGACCCAGCCAGAGCUGGUUGGAUCUUUGAUCUGGGUCUCGUUCUCCAACUCGUUAUUUUUGGGUCUGAUCAAGGUGGUUGUUCGAACAGCCAUUGGGUCCGUAUACGGCUGGUACAUAUAUCAACAAAAUCCACCUCGUUUCCCGGUUGUUGGGGGAAUAUUAAGAUCUCUAACAUACUCGUUUGGAUCAUUAUGCUUUGCUUCAAUUCUUCUUGCCAUAGGAAUGUUAGUGGCAAAUAUAAUGGCUUCGUUGGCGGAGCUUUUCAUGGGUACGGGGUCCGAUCUGUCUUUAAUUAUGCUCACGAUAUCUUUGAGCCACGGAAUUACCAUUGCUGAUUGGAUUCUAGGACACUUCCACAAUCUGGUCUUGACUCACGUCGCCCUUUACAACGACAGUUAUUUGACUGGUGUGCAAAAAACCAUUGCGUUAAUCAAAAAAAGACCAUAUCCUGCACUGUUGAAUGAGUGCUUGGCUGGAGGUAUCCUGACAUUUGGCUCCUGGUGUAUAGGCAUGAGUGCCACUUUUGUUUGUUACAUUUAUUUGCGCCAUAUUAUUCCGUAUCCUGUUGAGGGGAUACCGUUUAUAUUGUCCUAUGUUCUUGGACUGGGAAUAGAAGUCGGCGGUGUCUUUACCGCACCAAUAGCUAGUGGUGUUCACGCAAUCUUCGUGGCCAUGUCUCAUGACGAGGUUUCUUUGGAUGCUGACGAGCUGAAUAGUAGAGAAGAUCAUCUAUAA